UUGAUAGCUUGGCAUCAACAACAGCUCUUGAACCUCGCAAACCAGCACUCAGCACUUAUACAAUAACACAGCAUCCUCACUCGUUCCCUCGUCCAUCGACGUCUCGCCAGGCCAAAAUCCCCUUCCGCACCCACAUUUCUAGUUCCGGCCGACGAAUAACAAAGCCCCAUCAAAGAGUUCCCUCACGUCGACAAAGAAUCAUUCCCACUCCCACUUCGGCCUCAACAACCACACAACCACAUACACUCCUUCCCUCCCUUUCUCCCCAAUCCACAAUGGACGCCGAGUCCCCCAAGCCCGCCCCCGCGCGCAUCGCCGAACCCCCGACCUUCCGCGCCCCGCGCAUGAUCUCGCGUCCCAAACCCCCUCCCCAGACCGAGGAGGAGCUCGGCGCGGAGCCCAAACUGGGCGACUUUGAAGACGUGCACGCCCUGUCCGUCUCCGAGGCGCGCGCCGUCGUCACGGCCGUGCACGCAGCGAGGCUGAAGAAGCCGCAGAACGAGAACCCCCUGGGGCCCGGGCGGCCACACAAUGACAGCGUAACGAUAAACCAGUUCGUCGAGUACCUCGACACGUUUGCGCGUUACAAGCAAAACGAGAACCUGCACGCCAUGUCGGGCCUGCUCGACUCGCACUCGGAGCUCUCGUCGGUGGAGAAGGCGCUGCUGGGCAGUCUGGCCUGCGACUCGGCCGACGAGGCCAAGACGCUGAUUCCCAGCUUGACCAACAAGAUGAGCGACGACGCGUUGGAAGCGCUGCUCGUGGAAAUGGCAAAGUUGCAGGAUCGAAUUGCGUAGAUAGCAUCGUUCCUACAACGCAGGUCCGGACAAGAAAGUAAUGGAAGGGAUGGAGAUUCGCAUGCAUAUACCCAGUUGGAUCCAUUAACAAGUGCCAUCACUAGACCCAUCGAGGAACUCGAGCUGGUCCGGGGAAACACGGGAGAAGAUCAAACGAGCGAUAUUGCC